AUCAAAUGUUACCUUCGUGUAAAGUCUACAUUUGAAUGUACCUUAUUAGUUUGAUAUCUUAUUUCCAAACAUGACCACAGAGAGCGAGAGGGCGCGCGCGCGCUAAGAAGGAGGAAGGAACAGUGGCGUGAAGGUAAACUGCUGAAGGAACUGACACUCAUCCACAGGAUGUGUUGACACCAGCGUCUCUCGCUGAGAUGGAGCUCUUUUCAAACAUUUUCAAAGUGGCCCUCAAUACAAGCCUGACACUGAACACAACGGGGAAUUACACCAGUGACCAGCUCACUGAAGUCAACCUUCUUGAAAUCCUGGGUCCUAAAAGAUCGCCCUUCUUUCUCCAAGUGACCAGUGUUUACCUUCUCAUCUUCCUCACCGGCUUGUCCGGAAAUCUGCUCACAUGUGCCGUGAUAGCAAAACACAAGAAGAUGCGUAACCCCACCAACCUCUACCUGGUGAGCCUGGCGGUGUCAGACCUCCUGGUGCUCGUGUUCGGGAUGCCCCUGGAGAUUUACGACUUGUGGCAGAACUACCCGUUCCCCUUUGGUGAGAGCGGCUGCUACUUCAAAACCUUCCUCUUUGAAACAAUCUGCUUCGCCUCGGUCCUGAACGUAACAGCUCUGAGCGUGGAGCGGUACAUAGCUGUGGUGCAUCCACUCAAAACGCGAUACCUGUCCACUAACCAGCACGCCAAGCAGGUCAUCACCACCGUGUGGGCUGCGUCGAUGAUCUGCGCCAUCCCGAACACCCUGCUGCAUGGCAUCUUCUUCCUGCCAGAGAGAAUGGAGGAAUCGGCCAUUUGCACGGUGUUAAAACCCCUGUGGAUCUAUAAUAUGGUCAUGCAGAUCACCACAGUGUGCUUCUACUUUGUGCCCAUGAUGGUGAUUAGCAUGCUGUACCUGGUGAUGGGUCUUCAUUUGAGCAGAGAAUCCCGGCAGCCCAUCGGGAACCUGGGAAAGAACUGCAGCAACAGCACUCGGAGGAAGAUCAGCGUGGAGAACAGUCGCAGGAGACAGGUCAUCAAAAUGCUUUCGAUCGUGGUCGCAGUGUUUGGGGUCUGCUGGGCGCCCUUCCACAUCGAGCGGCUGCUGUGGAGUUCCAUCAGCCAGUGGACCGACCUGAUGCACAAUAUCUAUCAGUACGUCCACAUCGUGUCAGGAGUCCUCUUCUACCUCAGCUCUGCAGUCAAUCCUAUCAUCUACAGCCUUCUCUCUACGCGGUUCAGGGAGAGUUUCCGGGAACUCAUGUGCUCCCAAACAGAGGACAGCAGCUCUGUCAAAGACUCACCGCCCUUCUGCAAAACCCUACUGGGUCACUCAAAUUCAACUUCCAGUGCUCUGCAGACUAGGAGUAAGGACUCGAAUGCUUUUAUCCCACUGCUGUCCCCUAAUGUGACACUGACUGUGGACACUGCAGUCCUUAAAUGUGCGUGUAAAGACGUGACAUGUAAGACGUCUGUGUUCUAACUGAGGUUUGAUAUGAAAGAAAAAAGUCAACAAGCAGCGGAAGCAGAAGCACAGAGUAAGAUCAGCGCAUUUUCUUUCUUGCAGCUUGUCUGUUUCUUGUUUAAUUAGAGACACUGAAUUGUGUCACAUGCAAUGACAAAGCAUUCUAUUCUAUCCUCACAAACAUGUUACUGUGACUGUCAUUGCUCGGUUUGUGUGACAUGUUUACAGGAAUGAGAAAUCGUUUGGAUGUUGCAGUGGCUCACCUGUGCAAAAUGAUGUUAGUAAUUGAUGUUAGAAUUUCUCAUUGAUUUAUCUUUUCCAUUGGAUUUUUCUGUAAAAGGCCAAACUGUGUGUUUGUCCUGUGAUGAAAAAUGGGUUAGAAGCACGACAUUUAGCAUUUCCCACCUUGGGGAAACCAGACAUAAGCACACAAGUACUCAGUACCCAGUUUUUUACAUACCUGACCACUUCUAACUGUGUACCUCCGUUUCCAAUCUGUGUCGGUGAGUAUUAUUUACUUAAAUCUCUCAAACAUGAUAAACUAUUCCUCUAGAGCUGCCACAUGUAAUUUAAAAUAAGCUUGUAUGCAUAUAUUUGAGAAUUUGAUAUCUUUACUACAAUUGUUCGACAGUGCCUGCAUAUCGUAUCUGCUUCUUUAUACCGUCAUUGCUGUUUGCCUUAUACCGAGAAAUAAGGGCACUUAAAUGAUGAUGUGCUGUUGUCCUCAAUUUGUCUCGUUUUCUUUCCAAUUAUUUAGCGCUGUAGUCCUAAGCAACUGAAAAAAGAACAAACAAAAAAACUGAUCAAGUGGUUGUCAGUGUUUCAGUGGAUCAAAAACAAAAGAAUACCGUCUACUGUGACCUAAGCGUGGUGUAUGUUUCUUGUUGAACUACCUGUCAUGUUUUAGUUGAUGGGUAAGCUCUUGUUCACUGUGACAGCUGAUACAAGUGAUUAUGGCUAUUGUGUAUUGAGUAAAAAGCUUGAAUAAAUAUCUGUGUUAUCGCUGCUCUUAUUUUCCUUUGUAAAAACUUGUGAUAUUUUAGCAGGACAU